AUGAUUAAAAAAAAUAAUAAAAUCAAUUAUACUAAAUAUUAGCUGAUUGAAAAACCUUAAAAAAUAUAUCCCUAUCAUGAUAAAGAUGGUUAUGAGUACUACAUAGAUAAUCUUGGUGUUUUGAUUCAUAAUAACAAAGUAAUUUCUGAUGAGUAUCUGUAAAGUAAAUUCGGAAAAAUCGAAUUAGAUCUUUACUGUGACUAAAACUCGACUCAUUACGUUUAUAAAGGAAUGAAUACAACAGCUAAAAAUUUAAAGAAAAGCUCUGCUAAAAUAGCUAUUAAUCUCUAUCACGAUUUCGUUCAAGGAUUCCCUCUUACAAUUAACGAUGUUAAACUCACUGAUAACACUGAUAAAAUUAUAAAAAUUUUUUCAAAAAUCAGAAAGAAUAUUAUAAUCGAAAAAUUGAUAUGGGAAGGUGAAGAUAUUUUAGAGUUUCCUGGUACUUUUUAAGAGUUUUUCUUAUAAAAUAACAUGCUUUUGAAUAAAGAAUCUAAUCUAUAUGAAUUAGAUAUUGAUUGUGAAGUAAAGCUAACUUAAUUCACUCCUAUUAGUAAGGAUGCCGAUAAGUAUAAGUAUUUCUUUGCUAGUUUUGAUAUCUAUGAAGAUAUUCUUUGUAAUAGACUCAUUUACACACUUAGAGAAAACUGGGAUGGUUUUAUCACUUUCCUCGGAUUUGGAGCUUUUGACAAAUCUAGAGGUAAGAUUUCAUUGACUUAUGAAGAAGCCGUUGAUUAAGUAAUAGAUCUUCUUUAUGAGAGAAAAGUGAAAGAAUCUGAAAUUAAUAGACUCAGUUUUAAUAAAAUUGAACUGAGUGAUAGUGACCCUUCUAAAUUUGCUAUUGAGAUUGGAAUUAAAAACACCAAAAGGAGCAGAAAAUCAAAGAAAUAAAGAGAGAUGGAAGAACAGAGCAACAUAACUACUUAAUCUACAUUAGAUAACUGA